AUGUCUUUGGUUAGCGAUAUUGAAAAGCACUCUCAGAACCAUAUCGAAACUGUUCUGGAUGAAAAUUUGUCAGAACUUUCUCGUGAACAUAUUGAUUAUCUUAUGCAAAGACAUGGGACAGUUGACUUAGAUCCUCUACCUUCUAUGGACCCAGAAGAUCCACUCAACUGGCCCACUUGGAGAAAGAACUACGAAAUUUUGAUUAUCGCCUUCCAAUGUUUUUUGGGUAAUUAUUUUUCUGCGUCUCUUACUCCCGCUUAUGAAGAUAUGGCUGUACAGUAUGGUGUUGAUGUUCCAACAUCUUCUUACUUAACUUCUGCUCAAAUUGCUGUUGUUGGUGUUUUGCCAUUUUUUUGGGUUCCUAUUAUGAAUACUUACGGAAGAAGGUCCAUUCUCAUGUAUACUGCUUUUUGUGCUAUUGGCAUAAAUAUUGCUGGUGCUUAUGUCAAAACCUACGGUCAACAAAUGGCUACAAGAUGUUUGUAUGCUUUUUGUGCUGCUACAGCAUCUGCUUUGGGUAGCGCAGUGGUUUCUGACUUGUCUUUUAGUCACGAAAGAGGUAUGAAAAAUGGUUGGUGGUCUCUUGGUUUUGUUCUUGGUACUCCAUCUGGUCCCUUUAUCUCCGGUUUCAUAAUGCAAUACUCUACUAAGAAAUGGAUCUUCUUCAUGUUCGCUAUAUUCAACGCAAUUCAAGUUGUGUUGUUUUUCUUCUCAAAGGAAACGGUCUACAACAGAGGCGAUAAAUUAGAAGAACCAAGCGGUAUAAUCAAAUUGAUUGGGAUUUACAGACGUAAUAACAAUAAGGUCACUUUAGGAUCUUUUAUUCUGCCAUUAAAGCAGGGCUUAAACUGGAGAAUAGGUACUAUUGUUAUUGCUCUCAGUGUUACUUUUGCGUACGCCAAUAUUGUUCUCAUCGUUGAAAUGCCACAAACUUUUGGUACUAUAUUCGAACUCAGUCCGCAAGCACUAGGUUUACACUACAUUGCUCUUAUUCUUGGUUCCGUCAUAGGUGAAGCGCUUGCUGGUUCUCUUUCCGAUUGGUGGAUGGCUAAAAGUAUCAAAAGACGAGGAGGAAAGAGAAUCAUUGCUGACCGUUUGUAUGUCUCUUACAAUGGAUUCUUGUUGGUCAUCAUUGGUUUGGUUGUCUGGGGUGUUUAUUUGGACAGAGCUAGGCCUGAUCACUGGAGUAUUAGUGCAUUGAUUGGAGCAGCCAUUAUGGCAGUUGGAAACAACAUUGUUGCAACAGUCUUAAUUACUUAUUCGAUUGAUUGUAAUCCUGCAUAUGCUUCUGAUAUUGGUUUAUUUAUUACCAUUGUAAGACAAGUCUAUGGUUUUGUUGCUCCAUUCUACUUUCCAAGCAUGUUUACCAAUUUGGGCUUCAUUGGUUCCGCUGGUUUGAUGAUUGGCCUUGUAUUCGUCUUCGGUACGAUUGUUACCUCGUUCGUCCACUUCAUGAGUAGAAAGGUUUAG